GUGUUUUUUUAAGAGCAUAUUCGAUGCGGUCUUGCUUCAAAAUCAGGCGAACACAUGGCGGGAAUCGACUUCUCACAAAUGUUUUGCUACUGAAAUUCUUACUGAAAAAACCCGGCCCUGCUGUUAAACCCUAGAAAUUUGCUUCCGUUUUUAUCACUGAUUAACCCUUGAAUUUUUCUCUGAUUUACCGUAUUAGAUCCUUCUUAUUUGAUCGAUUUCUCAGAGUGGACUUCAAAGUCUUGCUCAUAAGCUUUAGCCUAAACCUAGCCCUAGAUUUUGCUUUGAUUUCUCAUCUCAAAUCCUGCUUCUCUGAUCAAUUUCUCAGAGUAAGCUUUAAAUUCUUGCUCAAAAGCCCUCGAAACCUAACCCUACUGUUUGCUCUGAUAUCUCAUAUCUAAACCUUUUUGUCUGUUCAGAAAACUUCAAUUUGCUGCUCAUAGACCUCAGAUCUUGACCUGACACUAACUCUGAAAUUCUAGUUGAAAAUCCAAAAUUCCAACCCUGUAACAUAGAGAAACCCCUUGUGUGUGAGGAGGUUCAGACGAUACGUUAAAGAGAGAAAAGGAUCGUAAUUUUUUUUAAAAACAAAGGUCUUUGGAGCAAUCUGCCAUGGAUUUGAGGGAAUCAAUCCACAGCCAGAGCGGCUUCUCAUUGGAACUCUUGAAACUGGUGUCUUUAGACGAAGCCAAGGAUUCAAACUUUGUAUUUUCCCCUUUGACCAUUCAUGUGGUUUUGAGCUUGAUCGCUUCUGGUUCGAGUGGGAAAACCCUAGAUCAGAUCACCUCUUGUCUUAGAUCGAAGAAAGUAGAUGAUCUGAAUGCUCUUUCAGCUCAGUUGAUCGAUCUCAUACUUGUUGAUGGGAGCGCUAGUGGAGGACCUCAGUUGUCCUUCGUUAAUGGAGUUUGGGUUGAUAAGAGUUACAGUCUUAAGGCUGGAUUUCUUAACACGGUGAAUUCGAUUUACAAGACUAGCCCUAAGCCCGCAACUUUCCAGGAAAAAGCUAAUGAAGUAAGAGGUGAAGUGAAUUCAUGGGCUGAAAGUGAGACCAAGGGACUCAUCAAAGAGCUUCUCCCUCCAGGAUCCGUCGAUGCCACAACAAGGCUCAUACUCUCAAAUGCCCUCUACUUCAAGGGAACUUGGACUGAGAAAUUUGACCAAUCCAAAACCCAGGACGGCACGUUCCAUUUACUCAAUGGAUCCUCAGUUCAAGUCCCCUUCAUGACCAGCAAGAAGAAACAAUUUGUUAGUGCUUAUGAAGGAGUCAAGGUCCUUAGGCUCCCCUAUCAGCAAGGUGAGGACAAGAGGCAAUUCGCCAUGUAUAUCCUUCUCCCUGAUGAGAGAGAUGGCUUGCAUAAACUACUUGAGAAGCUGGGUUCUUCUGGUUCUGAGUUUUUAAAUCAACACUUACCCAUUCAGUCAGUUCAAGUGGGUAAAUUCAAGCUCCCAAGGUUCAAAAUUUCUUAUGGGUUUGAAGUUUCUGGGGCUCUGAAGAAGUUAGGCCUGGUCUUACCAUUCUCUGACCAAGCUGAAUUAUCGGAGAUGGUGGAUUCGUCUGCGGGCCACAAUUUGAGUGUUUCUAGUGUAUUUCACAAGUCUUUUAUUGAGGUCAAUGAGGAAGGGACUGAAGCUGCUGCUGCCUCUGCUGCUGUGAUAAUACUCAGAGCAAUGGCUCGGCCCAUCGACUUUGUGGCUGAUCACCCAUUCAUGUUUUUGAUAAGAGAAGAUAUGACCGGGGUUGUGCUUUUUGUAGGGCACAUGUUUAAUCCCCAUCUAUCUGGUUAAUAUCAAUUACAAACAUCCAUUCUAGUUUCUCCUUGUAGAAGUAUUAUAUGUUGGUUAGAGAAGAUCAGCGGUGCCUUUUAUGUUGCUUUUUUAUGUAAAAUUUUUGAAUAUUUUGUUUGCAUGUUGGAGGUGAUAUAAAGUCUUUUAUUGCUGCAAUUGUAAUGUUGUAGUCUUGUAUAAUUGUUGAAUUGUUCUCUUUUACAGGGCUGUCGACCA